AUGGCUGAUAGGUACUCUUUUUCUUUGACUACAUUUUCCCCCAAUGGAAAGCUGGGACAGAUCGAUUAUGCGUUUACUGCAGUGAAACAAGGUGUCACUUCAAUUGGUAUUAAGGCUACGAAUGGUGUUGUGAUUGCUUCUGAGAAGAAAUCAUCCUCGCCAUUGGCACUUACAGAGACAUUGUCCAAAGUUUCUGUAAUAACGCCCGAUAUCGGUGCGGUUUACUCUGGGAUGGGCCCCGAUUUUAGAGUGCUAGUUGAUAAGUCGAGAAAAGUUGCCCAUACGCAUUACAAGAGGAUUUAUGGUGAAUAUCCGCCAACUAAGUUGCUCGUAUCUGAAGUAGCCAAGAUCAUGCAAGAAGCUACGCAGUCGGGAGGUGUGAGGCCGUUUGGAGUAUCACUUUUAGUGGCAGGUUAUGAUGAGCAUAGUGGAUUUGGACUGUAUCAAGUGGACCCAUCGGGAUCCUAUUUCCCUUGGAAAGCUACUGCUAUAGGGAGAGGCUCUACUGCGGCAAAAACUUUUCUGGAGAAAAGAUGGAAUGCAGAGUUGGAGCUCGAAGAUGCCAUUCACAUAGUGCUGCUCACUUUAAAGGAAUCUGUCGAGGGAGAGUUUAACGGUGAUACAAUCGAGAUAGCCGUUGUCGGUGAAGAGAACAAGGAUUUACUCGGUUACACAGGUGUGCCAACGGAUAAAGGUCCAAGAUUCAGAAAAUUAACCGCACAGGAAAUCAACGAUAGGUUAGAUGCAUUAUGA